AUGCCGCCUUCUCAUUGGAUGACACUCAUGAAUGAUGUGACCUAUAUCGACUCUACUUAUUAUCAAAAAAAUAUUACACCAUACAACCCUAGUGAUGAUCAUACUACAGGAAAUCCUCUUCCUCCUUUGCCACCUUUCACCAUGACUGAAAAAAUACUUACAUCAGCGGAUCUUCAAACCAUCGACAAAACUAUGCAUGUUAUUUCCUUGUCCCAACAAAAUUUAAUUCGUCUCAGUCCCUCUAUUGGUCUAUUCACUAGGAUCUGCAAAUUAGACUUAUCAAAUAACAAAUUAUCAUCUAUCCCAACUACUAUUGGUUAUCUUUAUCAAUUGGAAGCUUUAUAUCUCGGCAAUAAUCAAUUGGACAGUUUACCUGAUACUAUAGGUUAUUUAACGAAAUUAGUUGAAUUGGAUGUAUCACAUAAUCAACUUACUACAUUGACUCCUUGUAUGGCAUAUCUCAAGAAACUUCAAGCAUUGACGGUGGCUCAUAAUCAAUUACAAGAUUUACCUGUUCAUUUGGUUAUUGGAUUAAAAGGUCUAACUAUAUUAGAUUUAUCUCACAACCCUAUUACCAUUUUACCAGCUGAAAUCACACAACUUCAUUUUCUUCGACGAUUACUUUUGGAAGGAUGUCCCCUGAUGGAUCCUGAUUCAACAAAUAUUAAACCACCUUGUUAUCCUUUGGUUCAUUCACCACCCAGUUUAUUGGAAUAUUGCGCCCGCACCAUUGUACGCGAUACCAAACGACAUCAAUAUUAUCAACAAAGAUUUCCUCAAUUAUCAGAUCAUUUGAUUGAAUAUCUCAAUUCUGGAACACCAUGUACUCUUUGUCAUGCACCUUAUUUUGAUACUUAUGUAGCUCGAGGUCGACUUGUGGAAAGAAGUAAUCGUUGGAUUCCGGUCGAAUAUCGUUUAUGUCAGGCUCAUUUUACGGAUGAAACGAAUCGAUUAUUAUAUAUGUUCUCAUCAUCAUCAUCAUCACCAUCAUUGGAUCAUACAUUGACCUCUUCUUCUCCAUCAUCAAUAUCUUCAACAUUUUCUUGGCAUCGACCUUAUCGACCUCCUUUACCACAAUUACCAAACAAAAUCAAACGGAAAUCUAUAUAUAAUCAUUCAAUCACUACCGAUUCGAUAUCCACUAUCACUGAAACAACUACUACAGCUGUAAUGAUGGAAAGUGUAAUACAACAACAACAGCAACAACAACAACAACUAUUGAUGCAAGAUGAUACAAGAAUGGAUCCUAUCAAUAAUAAUGGUUGGCGAGCUCAUAGAAUGAAAGUAAUGAACAAAAAUCAAUCUGGUUUUUUAUCUUUGACAAAACUUCCUUCUAAUGGCAAUCGACAAAGUGAUGAUCCUCAACAACAACAACAAUUGUGA